AUGGCACGGACCUGUCUUGGUGAAAAUAUGCUAUUUUUCUGCAUUGGCACCUCGUCCAUGACGGUCUGCAUUGGCACCUCGGUCCUGGUCGGCAUCACAUUUGGUCUUGUUGCACGAAAUUUCGAACUGUCAUCGGAUACCAUUUCACUGCUGCAAUUUCCUGGCGAGAUAUUCAUGCGUCUGUUGAAGCUGAUGAUCCUACCGCUAGUGAUCGCUUCACUUAUUUCUGCGCUGGCGCAGAUGGACGUGGCAAACUCUAGUGUGAUGGGCAUCGUGACCUUACUCUAUUACUUAACGACUGUAUUUCUGGCAACUUUA